AGGACAGUGCAGGGAGAAGACACAGCUACAGACGUAUAUUAGAGUUGAAGUAAGGAGUAGAAGUUGCUGUAUUUGAGCACAAGUGUGUUAAGAUGCCAGAGGGAGUUUAUGAAAACUCAGAUGGAUUUGAAGACGAUGAGCCUGAUGCAAUAAAGAACACAGACAUUGAUGACCAAUUAUAUGGCAACAUAGGAGCCUUCAAACCCAGUCCAAGUGAUGGAGGUGUUGCUUCAGUACCUGUGUCCACAGAGCCUGAUAACUCAGGGAAGAGAUCCUCCAGAGUUGCUGCAGUGUGUCUGGGGCUGCUGUGUGUUCUACUUGCUGGGAUCAUAGGCCUGUCUGUCUACUAUUAUGGGGUUUAUAAGAGUUUCUUAGCCUAUAAAACCAACUCAUCUGCAGAGAGAGACCAGCUACAGACCAGCUACAACAACCUGACUACUGAGAGAGGCCAGCUACAGACCAGCUACAACAACCUGACUAUUGAGAGAGACCAGCUACAGACCAGUUACAACAACCUGACUAAACAGAUAGAACAGCUACAGACUGAGAGAGAUGUUCUUAGGGGGUGGCUUACCAAUUGCAAACAAACCUGUCCUGCUGGCUGGCAGAAGUUUGAAUCCAGUUGGUACUUCCUGUCUACUGAGACUAAAACCUGGAAGGAGAGCAGAGAGGAUUGUCUGGAGAGAGGAGCAGACCUGGUGAUCAUAAACAGUGAUAAGGAACAGACAUUUCUCUUCGACCUCAAGAAGAGAGUCUGGAUUGGUCUGACUGACUCUGUUAUUGAGGGGACCUGGAAAUGGGUGGACGGUACCCCACUGACCACAGGGUACUGGUAUGCCAAACAGCCUGAUAAUGCAGGUCCUAAUGGUGACGAGGACUGUGCUGAGAUACCCAAAGAUCAGAGUCCUCUGAAGGCAUGGAAUGACUUGUCAUGUGACAGCAUAAUCAACUGGGUUUGUGAGAAAGAGUUUUAACAUCACCAUAACAACAUGCUGUAACACAUACAGUAGACUCCAGUGCAUCUCUCUCUCUCUCUCUCUCUCUCUCUCUCUCUCUCUCUGUCUCUCUCUCUCUCUCUGUCUCUCUCUCUCUCAAACCCAUGCACACAAAUGUUGUAUUUGUUUGUAUUAGUAUAUUAAUAAAUGUCAUGCUUAUUUCCUGACAUUAUAGCUUCCUGUUUACCAGAGUCAACAUGAAUUUAGUACACUUGCCUUUGUUCACACUGUAUGCGGUGCAUUUGGUCAAUUCCAAUUAAAUACAUUCUUCUUACUGGCUACAGAUAUUUACAGUCUCCAAUUUAGGCCUGGUGAUGACAUUCUCAACAGUACCAAACCACCACUACAGACACUGUAUAGGAGGUGACUGUAUCACCAAUCAAUGGGUGUAGUAGAGAUAUCAAAGGGUAUCAAACGAUGUAAAUGAAUCAUCUUUGACAGUCAGUCUUUGUUGUCAAGUUAAAUAUCAAAUGCUCGUAUUUGACUGUUGUUCCCCUAUAUGGGUUCCAAAAGAGGGAAGUGAAGUUGAUAUUUUCAGUGGUUCAACCAGCUGUCACUCAAAACGCCUCAACAAAUUAGGUUCAUAACGAGAGACGAGAGCCCUGGUGGUUUAUGUUGUCACCUCAUCCUCACUGGUUAAGACUACCCACCCUCAAUAUCCACUUGGAGCAGUUUGUAGUGUUGAAUAUAUUGUCUGGACAUUCUAAUGACCCAUUAUUAUAGUCCUGGACCUACUGAACAUGUUGAUGUAUAUUUGAGGGUAAACAAAGAUGUCCAGGGUCCCCGCUCAUCUGUGUGAACGUGCCUCAGGCAUCCUGCAAGGAGGCAUGAGGACUGCAGAUGUGACCAGGACAGUAAAUUGCAAUGUCCAUACUGUGAGACGCCUAAGAUAGCGCUACAGGGAGACAGGACAGCUGAUCGUCCUCACAGUGGCAGACCACGUGUAACAACACCUGCACAGGAUCGGUACAUCCGAAAAUCACACCUGCGGGACAGGUACAGGAUGGCAACAACAACUGCCCGAGUUACACCAGGAACGCACAAUCCCUCCACCAGUGGUCAGACUGUCCGCAAUAGGCUGAGAGAGACUAGACUCAGGGCUUGUAGGCCUGUUGUAAAGGCAGGUCCUCACCAGAUAUCACCGGCAAUAACAUGGCCUAUGGGCACCAACCCACCGUCGCUUGACCAGACAGGACUGGCAAAAAGUGCUGGAUUCGCGUUCAUAGUCGAAGGAAUGAGCGUUACACCGAGGCCUGUACUCUGGAGCAGGAUCGAUUUGGAGGUGAAGGGUCCAUCAUGGUCUGGGGCGGUGUGUCACAGUAUCAUCGGACUGAGCUUGUUGUCAUUGCAGGCAAUCUCAACGCUGUGCGUUACAGGGAAGACAUCCUUCUCCCUCAUGUGGUACCCUUCCUGCAGGCUCAUCCUGUCAUGACCCUCCAUCAUAACAAUGCCAGCAGCCAUACUGCUCGUUCUGUGCGUGACUUCCUGCAAGACAGCAAUGCCAGUGUUCUGCCAGGGCCAGCAAAGAGCCCGUAUCUCAAUCCUAUUGAGCCUGUCUGGGACCUGUUGGAUCAGAGGGUGAGGGCCAUUCCCCCCGGAAAUGUCCGGGAAUUUGCAGGUGCCUUGGUGGAUGAGUGGGGUAACAUCUCACAGCAAGAACUGGCAAUUAUGGUGCAGUCAAUGAGGAAGAGUUGCACUGCAGUACUUAAUGCAGCUGUUGGCCACACCAGUCACAUGUCUGUGGAACUUGUUCAGCUUAUGUCUCAGUUAUUGAAUCCUGUUAUGUUCAUACAAAUAUUUACACAUGUUAAGAUUGCUGAAAAUAAACACAGUUGACAGUGAGAAGAUGUUUCUUUUUUUGCUGAGUUUAUGUUAAUUAACUGUCCCGACUUCUGCCGAAGUCGUUGCCUCUUCUUGUUCGGGCGGUGCUCGGCGGUCGACGUCACCGGUCUUCUAACCAUCAUUGAUCCAUUUUUCAUUUUCCAUUGGUUUUGUCUUGUCUUCCUACACACCUGGUUUCAAUCCCAUUCAUUACCUGUUGUGUAUUUAACCCUCUGUUUCCCCUCAUGUCUUUGUCAGAGAUUGUUUGUAUGUCAGUGUUGUAUAUAUUAUUUGUAUUGGUGCGUGACGGGUCCUCGUACCCAUUGUUGUUAUUUGUUACAUUUAGUGUUUGGAUUAUGUUUCAUUCAUUGUUAUUAAAUAACUCCAUUACACUCAG